AAUGUUUCCAUUUGUUGAUCUUUUGCCACGAAACCGGGAUUCAUUUAGUUAAUUAAACUUUAAUCAUUUUCUAUUAAUUUUAUUUUAAUUGUUCUUUCAAUUAUUUCAAUUAAAGUCUCUCUAUCACAAUGGGUGAACCUUCUCGAGCCAAGAUUGAAACAAUGUCCGCCGAGGUAAACGAUAUGAACCCUUACAGUCGACUGAUGGCUCUAAAAAGAAUGGGAAUUGUUGAAAAUUAUGAGAGAAUACGAUCUUUUACCGUUUUAAUUGUUGGUAUUGGUGGUGUUGGUUCUGUAUCCGCUGAGAUGUUAACUCGAUGUGGAAUUGGUAAACUGAUUAUGUUUGAUUACGAUAAAGUUGAAUUGGCAAAUAUGAAUCGUUUAUUUUUCCAACCAAAUCAAGCAGGAAUGUCAAAGGUUGAAGCUGCUUCAAAAACUUUAUCGUUCAUCAAUCCGGAUGUUGUAUUUGAAAGCCACAAUAUGGAUAUAACCAAGGUGGAUAAUUUUAAUCACUUUCUUGACAGAAUAGCCAAAGGAGGAUUAGGUGAUAAAAAAGUUGACCUGGUCCUUAGUUGUGUCGACAAUUUUGAAGCAAGAAUGGCGAUUAACACUGCUUGUAAUGAAGUGAAUCAAAUUUGGUUUGAAUCGGGCGUCAGUGAGAACGCUGUUUCAGGCCACAUUCAGCUGAUCGAACCCGGAAGAACCGCUUGUUUUGCCUGUGCGCCUCCCUUGGUAGUCGCUUCCGGAAUCGAUGAGAAAACACUGAAAAAAGAAGGUGUUUGUGCCGCAUCUCUACCGACGACCAUGGGAAUUGUGGCCGGUUUUCUCAUUCAAAAUGUUCUCAAAUAUCUUCUCAAUUUUGGUUCGGUGACCGAUUACCUGGGCUACAAUGCGAUGCUCGAUUUUUUCCCGACCAUGUCAAUGAAGCCAAAUCCAAAUUGUGAUGAUCCAAAUUGUGUCACUCGUCAAAAGGAAUAUCAACUUAACGAAUCAACUAAACCUAAAGUCGAAAUACCAAUAGAAGAACCGGAAAUUGUUCAUGAAGAAAAUGAUUGGGGAAUUUGUUUAGUCGAUGAAUAUGUUCCCGAGGCCGAUGAAGUCGAAGUUGCCCCGGGGGUUAAAUUACAAUAUACGAAAGAUGAACCAUCCGUUCAAGUUGAUUCGAAAGAUACUGUUCAAGAUACUGAACAAUCGUUGGAAGAAUUAAUGAAUCAAAUGAAAUCUCUUUGAAAAUCAUUCGAAUUUUUUUUACUCUCUCUCUUUAAAUCAAUUGGAUUCCAAUUUAUAUUCUAUCAUUUCUGCCAAUAAGAUGACUAUUAUCAAUUAUUUUUGUUUCUAAAAUUUAAAACUCAACUUUGUUCAUCAUCUGAU